AUGUGUAUCCCAGAAAUAAUCCCCCCUAGUCAGGAUGCUUUGUUUCAUAUCCUUAACUCGAUACUUUCGCAACACAUGGACAACCCCAUUCAGAAAUUCGACAAAUCCGUUAUAAAGCUUUGUGAAAAUAUGGUGACAACAGCUAUAACUCUGCAUCUAAAAGUGGUUUCCUCCUUUUUACCUACUGCUAUUAAGUUCCAUUAUAACUUUAAUCUGCGGGAUAUAGCCAAUAUAUUUACGGGUGUCCUAUAUUCCAACAGCGAGACAUGCCCCAAUUCCAAUCAAAUGAUCCGACUUUGGAUUCACGAGUGUUACCGUGUGUACGGAGACAAGUUAGUAGAUUACACCGAUAUCAAUAGCUUUAAGAAAAUAGUUUCUGAUAUAGUCCGCAAAGGCAUAGAAGGCGUCAACGAUGAUGUUGUAUACGCCCAGCCGCUUAUUUAUUGUCACUUUUCGAAAGGUUUGACAGAUAUUAAAUAUAUGCCUAUAUCAGGAUGGGAUCGCCUAAAAAGUCUUUUAGAUGAGGCACAAGAUCGUUAUAAUGAUUAUAUAGGCGCCAUGAAUUUAGUUCUUUUUGACGACGCAAUGUCUCAUGUGUGUCGUAUCAGUCGAAUUCUUGAAUCAUCCAGAGGAUAUGCACUUCUUAUUGGUGUUGGAGGAUCGGGAAAACAAAGUCUUACUCGACUGGCAUCAUUCAUUUCAUCUUUGGAUGUGUUCCAGAUACAGCUUACAAAGGACUACAGCGUAAGUGACCUUAAAGCAAAUAUUGCUACUUUAUACAUGAAAGCUGGCGUGAAAACAAGUGCUUGCUGCUUUCUAAUGACUGACUCAGAGGUAGCUCGAGAGCAGUUCCUAGUCCUUGUAAAUGACCUUCUUGCUUCAGGCGAUAUUCAUGAAUUGUUCCCAGAUGACGAGGUGGAAAAUAUUGUUAACGCUGUUCGAAAUGAGGUAAAGCAGCUGGGAAUUGUAGAUAAUCGCGAAAACUGUUGGAAGUACUUUAUCGAAAAGGUUCGUAGCUUGCUUAAGGUAGUACUUUGCUUUUCGCCAGUGGGUGCCACUCUUCGUGUUCGAUCUCGCAAGUUUCCAGCUUUAGUCAACUGCACCACUAUUGACUGGUUUCACGAGUGGCCGCAGCAAGCAUUGGAGUCAGUAUCGCUUAGGUUCCUUUCGGAAAUCACAGUGUUGCCAAAAGAACUUGCUUUACCUGUGUCAAAUUUCAUGGCGUUUGUACACAAAACAGUAAAUGACAUCUCCAAACUUUAUUUAGCCAAUGCGAAAAGGUACAAUUAUACCACUCCAAAAUCAUUCUUGGAACUGAUAGCACUUUAUUCAAAGUUACUGCACGAAAAAGUAAAAGCCAAUCUGGAUCGUCGCUUGCGUUUGGAAAAUGGACUCAUUAAAUUAGCAAGCUGUACAAAAGAGGUGGACGCCCUUCAGGAUGUUCUAAAGGUUCAAGAAGUUGAACUAAAGAUUAAAAACCAGGAAGCAGAUAACCUUAUUAUAGUUGUUGGAACUGAAAAUGAAAAGGUAUCCAAAGAAAGAGCAUUUGCAUCAAAAGAGGAAAAGAACGUUCGUCAAAUAGAAGAGGAUGUUACUGCUAAGGCCAAGCUUUGUGAAGAAGAUUUUCUUAAGGCUCAACCCGCCCUAAUAGCGGCCCAGGAAGCUCUUAAUACAUUAAACAAAAAUAAUCUGACAGAACUUAAAUCUUUCGGGUCACCACCUGACGCUGUGGUAAGUGUUUGUGGAGCGGUAUUGGUGCUAUUCUCCAGCAAGGGAAAAAUUCCAAAGGACCGCAGCUGGAAAGCUUGUCGGGCUUUGAUGGGAAAUGUUGAUAAGUUUCUAGAUAAUCUUAUUAAUUAUGAUAAAAAACAUAUUCAUCCGGACGUAAUUAAAGCUCUCCAACCUUAUAUUUUGGAUGCUGAAUUUAGUCCGGAAAAAAUAUUAGCGAAGUCAUCAGCAGCCGCUGGACUCUGUUCAUGGGUUAUUAAUAUUAAUCGGUUCUAUGAUGUUUAUCUUGUCGUAGAGCCAAAGGAAAGAGCGCUUUUGGAAUCGGAGAAAGAACUUAAAGAUGCCCGUGAUAAGUUAACUGCUCUAAACUUAAGGUUAACCGAACUAGAAGAACAACUUAAUGCGUUACAAAUGGAGUACGACGAAGCGCUAGCCAAAAAACAAAAGUGCCAGGAUGAGGCUGACAAAACUGCCUUUACAAUAGAUAUAGCCAAUCGAUUGAUUGGAGGCCUCGCAACAGAAAAAAUACGUUGGAUGGAUUCCGUCAAAAG